AAAGGUCAUGUUCACACAAAAACCUGCCCAUGACUGUUCAUACCGGCCCUCCAUAAUUGCCCCAAACUGGAAACAGCCCAGAUGCCCUUGAGUGGAUGAGCGGAUGGGCUUCUGCAUCCAUCUGAUGGAAAACUCUGUGAUGAAGGGACAAACCUGCUGCCACAGCAACUUAUGGCAGGAACAGCAACCAAGCUGGACAGAUGACCUGCCGCUCUGCCACCUCUCUGGCGUUGGUUCGGCCUCCAACCGCAGCUACUCUGCUGAUGGCAAGGGCACUGAAAGCCACCCACCGGAGGACAGCUGGCUCAAGUUCAGGAGUGAGAACAACUGCUUCCUGUACGGGGUCUUCAACGGCUAUGAUGGCAACCGAGUGACCAGCUUCGUGGCCCAGCGGCUGUCUGCUGAGCUCCUGCUGGGCCAGCUCAGCGCCGAGCACACCGAGGCGGACGUGCGGCGCGUGCUGCUGCAGGCCUUCGAUGUGGUAGAAAGGAGCUUCCUGGAGUCCAUUGAUGAUGCGUUGGCUGAGAAGGCGAGCCUCCAGUCCCAGCUGCCAGAGGGUGUCCCUCAGCACCAGCUGCCUCCUCAGUAUCAGAAGAUCCUCGAAAGACUCAAGGCACUGGAGAGGGAGAUUUCGGGAGGAGCCAUGGCCGUCGUGGCGGUCCUGCUCAACAACAAGCUCUACGUCGCCAAUGUCGGUACAAAUCGUGCCCUUCUAUGCAAAUCCACGGUGGACGGGCUGCAGGUGACCCAGCUGAAUGUGGACCACACCACAGAGAAUGAGGACGAGCUCUUCCGCCUCUCUCAGCUGGGUUUAGAUGCAGGAAAGAUCAAGCAAGUGGGGAUCAUCUGUGGGCAGGAGAGCACCAGACGCAUCGGGGAUUACAAGGUCAAAUACGGCUACACUGACAUCGACCUACUCAGUGCCGCCAAGUCCAAGCCGAUUAUCGCGGAGCCCGAAAUCCAUGGUGCGCAGCCCCUGGAUGGGGUGACUGGCUUCCUGGUGCUGAUGUCGGAGGGGCUCUACAAGGCUCUGGAGGCUGCCCAUGGGCCCGGGCAGGCCAACCAGGAGAUCGCCGCCAUGAUCGACACAGAGUUCGCCAAGCAGACUUCCCUGGAUGCCGUGGCCCAGGCCGUGGUGGACCGGGUGAAGCGCAUCCAUGGGGACACAUUUGCCAGCGGCGGCGAGCGUGCCAAGUUCUGCCCGAGGCAUGAGGACAUGACCCUGCUGGUGAGGAACUUUGGCUACCCGCUGGGCGAGAUGAGCCAGCCCACACCGUCCCCGGCCCCAGCUGCAGGAGGACGUGUGUACCCCGUCUCCGUGCCGUACUCCAGUGCCCAGAGCACCAGCAAGACCAGCGUGACCCUGUCCCUCGUCAUGCCCUCCCAGGGCCAGCUGCUCAAUGGGGCCCACAGCGCGUCCACCCUGGACGAAGCCACUCCCACCCUCACCAACCAGAGCCCGACCCUGACGCUGCAGUCCACCACCACGCACACACACAGCAGCAGUUCCAGCUCGGACGGGGGCCUCUUCCGCUCCCGGCCCGUGCACUCCCUCCCGCCUGGCGAGGGCGGCCGUGUGGAGCCUUACGUGGACUUUGCUGAGUUUUACCGCCUCUGGAGCGUGGACCAUGGCGAGCAGAGCGUGAUGACGGCACCAUAGCCCCGGCUGGGGGAUGUGGCCCGAGCAGGACCAGGCCUGGGGACAAGGGGGCCCAGAGCUCUGGGGCCGGAUGGGCCUUUUCCUGUGGUCUGCCUUUGCCGUGCGGGCCCAGGGAGCGCCCGGUCCUCAGCCUGCACCACGCUCGCACCCCGCCGUCCUCGGUGCUGCAGAGAACGUUCUCCUGGAGAGCAGCCCUGCACACCGGCCCUGGCCGCGGCACCGGCAGUGGGGGGCUGGAGGCCCCUCCCUCAGGCAGACUCAGCCAGGACCGUUGCUGUUUCUCGGACAGACGGCUCAGGGUAGA